AAUUGAAUUUUUCAUUGUUCAAGAUCAUCAUCGCGUGACGUAAUUCUUUCAAUUAUAAUUUUUCACGAAAUUUUUUAUUUUUACUUAAUCUUUAAUUUAUCCUAAUAUUAAAAUUGUGCGUAAUUUUUUUUUUUAUUUCAUAUGCAUUUGCAGUUAUCAUGUUGUGUAAAGAAAAAUGCAGUUAUCAAUUGUGAAAAAAGUGAUAAGGUUUUACUUUGUACAUGCUUGACAUAUGCAUUAGUGAUCUGAUAAAGACUAAUUGUGUUAAUGUUAUAAAGUGAAGAAUAUAUUGUAGUAGUAAAAAAAAUGAUUUAUCCUACAAUAAGAUUUCUUUGUAUAUCACGAUAUACAGCGUCAUUGUAUUGCAUGAAAUUAUUAAAUAUUCAUAAUAUAGGAAUUCGUACAAUGUUGCAAAAAAAUUCUAGUGCGUUAGUAAUAGCUGGUCCUUCUGGAAGCGGAAAAAGUACUUUAUUGGAACGUUUAUUCAAAGAAUUUCCAAAUAAAUUUGGAUUUUCUAUAUCGCAUACAACUAGAACUCCUAGAUCUGGUGAAGAGAAUGGUAAACAUUAUUACUUUACGAAUAAAGAAGAAAUGCAGAGACAGAUAGACAACGGUGAAUUUCUUGAAACUGCAUCAUAUAGUGGAAAUUUAUAUGGAACCAGUAAACUUGCCGUUGAAAAUGUUCAAGAAGCCGGGAAAAUAUGUAUAUUAGAUAUUGAAAUAGAAGGUGUCAAACAAAUCAAAAAUAGUACUUUAAAUCCUUUGUAUGUCUUUAUAAAACCACCGUCUAUAGAUGUAUUAGAACAACGAUUAAAAAAUAGGAAAACGGAAACAGAUGAAUCUUUGUUACGAAGAUUAACUACUGCUAAGACAGAAUUGGAAUAUGGUGAACAGCCAGGUAAUUUUGACAUUGUGAUCGAGAAUGAUAAUCUUAAUAAAGCUUAUGAGAAGCUGCGUGAAUUUAUUUCUUCCAAAUUAAACGUCAAAGCAUAAAAUGGGUAUUGAAAAUUGCUCACUUAAAAUUUAUACAAAAAGGGUUAAAUAACAUAUGUAUUCUUUAUAAUUUGUAGAUAGCUAAAUUAAACAUUUCCAAGGAUAA